AGAGGAGAGAAGAGAAGAGAAGAGAAGAGAAAAGAAGAGAAGGGGCCAGAAUGACACCGUUCGUGUAUUACUCAUUGUUUUGUCGAAAGUGGUAGUAGUAGAGCGCAAUAGUGUUAACCACGUAUUUAUUAAACGACGAAGAAGUAGUGGUGGCCGUUCUAGAACGUCAGAUGCUAGCGACGAAGGAAGUGGCUUUCAUUAGUAGUGGUGGAGGUGGUGGUAGUGAACGCGCGGCACACUUCGCGCUUCUCUUUGUAAAUUCUCACAGUAUCACGCACCACGGGUUACUCUCGCAGGUGAAAGAAACUGUUCGGUUCCGCGUAUCAUCCGCGGCCAAUUAUUCUUCCUUUUUCUUUCUUUUUUUUUUUUUUUUUUUUUUUUUUUUUCCCUAUGAUUUUGCUCUGUGCAACCGUGUUCGUUGGAAAAUAGAACGUCCAAUAUGUUCAACCGCGAAAGACGGCCUCGGCCUUGCUACUGUUACCAGUGUACUAUGCCAUUGAGAGGAUCCGUCUGAACGAACGAAGAAUCAGAUUUCUCUUCGCGACCUUUUCCAUUGCUCCACGUGCUUCGCAUCCUUUGGAUAUUUUCGCAACGUUUCUUCGCUUUACAUGUUUACAUUUCAUCGGCUUAAUUCAAUUCCUCCACUGUUUUCUCGCAUAAUUCGUAAAUCAGAAUGUAUAGACCGAUUUUCUUCGUUUCCAUUCUUGGAGUGUUUCAUGAAAUUGCCGCUGCCUCGCAAUACAUUAACAAAGACCUCACGAAUCACUACAAUGCUCGUUUUCAUGCUUACGAGGAACCGUAUAAUAUCGACUACACAUAUCAUAAUUACGAGCGAAUGAGCCGUUUUCUACGAACAACCUCUCUUCGAUUUCAAAAUCUCACUGCCUUAUAUUCUAUAGGAAAAUCAGUGAAAGGUCGUGAUUUGUGGGUAAUGGUUGUUUCUUCCUCGCCUUACGAACAUAUGAUCGGUAAGCCAGAUGUAAAAUAUGUUGCCAAUAUACAUGGAAACGAAGCCGUAGGUCGGGAAUUAAUGUUACAUUUGAUUCACUUUCUUGUUACGAACUAUGGAUCAGAUCCAUACAUUACGUGGCUCUUAGACAAUACUAGAAUUCAUAUUCUUCCAUCAAUGAAUCCUGAUGGUUUUGAAGUUUCAAAAGAAGGAUAUUGCGAAGGUGGUCAGGGCAGAUACAAUGCUCGUGGUUUCGAUCUAAAUCGAAAUUUCCCCGAUUACUUCAAACAAAACAACAAAAAAAGUCAACCAGAAACAGAAGCUGUAAAGGAAUGGGUUUCUAAAAUUCAAUUCGUUUUAUCAGGAAGCUUACAUGGAGGUGCAUUGGUUGCUAGUUAUCCAUUUGAUAACACACCUAAUUCGCGAAUAUGCCGGUCAGCGCCAUUAUGUGCAGUGUUUCAGAGUUAUACUUCAACACCGAGUAUUUCACCGGAUGACGACGUAUUUCAACAUUUAUCGCUAGUAUAUUCUCGAAAUCAUGGAUCUAUGUAUCAAGGAUUGCCUUGUUCACCGUCUCAACCGGGAUUCAAAAAUGGUAUUACUAAUGGAGCCCAAUGGUAUCCGCUUACCGGUGGCAUGCAAGACUUCAAUUACGUAUGGAAUGGAUGUAUGGAAAUUACAUUGGAACUUUCAUGUUGUAAAUAUCCACCCGCUUCUGAUUUGCAAUUUUAUUGGGAAGAAAAUCGCGUGGCUUUAAUUAAGUUUUUAGCAGAAGCUCAUAGAGGAAUCCAUGGGUUCGUUAUCGAUGAAAAUGGAAAUCCCAUCGAAAGAGCAUCCAUUAAAGUAAAAUCGCGAGACGUUAGCUUCCUUACUACAAAAUAUGGUGAAUUUUGGAGAAUUUUACUGCCCGGAGUGUACAAAUUAGAGAUAUAUGCGAAUGGAUAUCUUCCUCGUGAUGUAGAAUUUAGAAUAGUAGAACAACAUCCAACAUCUUUCAAUGUAACAUUAUACAGAGCAAGCAGACAUCCAGGAGAAGAUGAAACUGGUUCCAAUUUUUAUAAUGAAAAUAGAGACCAUAAUCGAGAUCACAUAAUACAUUUUCGACCACAUCCUGGAACUAAUACUGCAGCCGAAACAAACAGCGGGAUUUUCUCAUCUCUUAGUAAUGGAUUCAAUUCCUUCGUCAAUAAUUGGUUUGGGUGAUUAAUGAUAAUUUAGCGAAUAGC